GCACAUCGGAACCUAAGCAGGAAAUGUUACCCGGUGUUUAGGACCAGCGAGUGAGUAGGCUACCAAUUUAAUAAUGAAAGUCACAUUGACUAUGCUGGGACUAGAUAAUGCGGGGAAAACAGCAACUGUGAGAGUCAUUAAAGGAGAAAACCCUGAGGAUGUGUUUCCCAAUGUGGGAUUUUCUGCUGUGGGCCUGAAGAAGGGCCAGGUUGAUUUGUCCAUCUUCGACCUGGGCGGGACAGAGAGUUUCAGGGACAUUUGGAGGCACUACUUCCCCGAGUCCCAUGGUGUCAUUUUCGUGGUGGACUCCAGCGAUGUCCAACGGAUGCAGGAAACCAGGAAAGUCCUGGCCAAAGUCCUUGGGCACCCUCGUGUCGCUGGGAAGCCAGUUCUUCUUCUGGCAAACAAACAGGAUGUGAAUGGGGCCCUGUGCGAGGAUGACAUCAUUGACCGUCUGUCGCUGGAGGAAACCGUUACCCUGAACAAAUGCUACUGUCAAAUCGUACCGUGCUCGGCUGUGAAAAAAGUCGGGAAGAAAGCCAUCAAGAGCGGGCUGGACUGGCUUUUGAAAACCGUGGCCAGAGAUUACGAUGUCAUCAGUGAGCGUGUGCAGAAGGACACGGAGGAGCAGAGGGAGAAGGAGGCUGUGGAGAUGAGAGAGCGGGUCGAGAGGGUGCGUCUGAUUCGGGAGGAGAGGGAAAACAGGGAACGGGAGGAGGCUGAACAAGAGGGAAGGACAACAGAGACAGAAGAUGAGGGCAACAUGGCUAACCUAUUCAAGCCAACAGGAGACAUCAACUCCGAGAUGGGGGACAAGCAGAAAACAAACAGUGAGCUGCAGAUCACAAAGACUGACGCAGACAGCUGUCCAGAAAAGAAGUGGAAGUUUUGGCAGUGGAAGAAGAACAGGGUGGGGCCUCUGUCGUCAGUCUCAGCUAAAACACCUCGCCGCCUCAUGUCUGGUUUUAAACUGUUCAGGCGCAAUGCUGUGGCCCCCCUUUAAGAGCAGAAUUGAGUGACAUUGAAAUUAUCUUCUGCUCAGCCUUUUCGAUUUGAGCCAGAGCAGGACAUUACUCAGCAGGGCAGCACCGACAACAGCCCUCAUUAAAUGAAUCUAAAUGAUGAAGAUCGCAGGCCAGGGGAAAUGAGAGUAGGGCGUAAGAGAUGGUGUUUGUGCAGCAAGUGCUCGCCAUUGCCAACAGAGACAGAAA